UUGAAAAUUUGAUUUGUUUUCUUUAGCCUUUAUCUGCCGACAAAAACUCAGAGGGCCAUAAAGAGAGAAAGAGAAAGAGCAUUUAGAGAGUGUUGAGUUGUGUGACAUGUAACACCAAACUCACUCAAACCUACCUUUGUUUUUCUCCUUCUUUUUCUUCUCAGUUUCAUUCUCUUGCUCAUGGACAUGGAUGUUUGCCGAAAUAUAUCAGUUUCUUCAAGUGAGUGUCAGCAAGAGCUUCCCACCCUUGAUGACCUUUUCUGUCAUCAGAACACGGAAGUGGAUUUUGGCAUGGAAUGGUUAUCAGUGUUUGUGGAAGACUGUUUCUCUAGUAGGCCAAGUUGCCUCUUGCCACCCUCUGGUGGUGGUGUUCAAACCACAAGCACUAGCACCAAGCCUUCUUCAGGCACAAUAAUGCCAAGACCCCAACAAAGUCAUCACUGUCCUUUGCAGAAUUUUGCUGUGCCAGGGAAAGCAAGGAGCAAGAGAAAGAGACUUUCAGCCCCUAGAACAACAAAACACACCCUAAGCACAUGGUCACAACAUUUCAGCUCACAGAAUGAUGGGGUGAGUUCUGACCCUCCUCUCUUGAAACAAGCAUAUUGGUUGGCUGAUAGUGAACUCAUAGUCCCCAAGAAGAAGGAUGUUGAGCAAGAAGAGGGGGUUGUUGUGGUGGUGAAGAAGGAGAAAUUGGGGGAUUAUUAUGAUGAUGAGGGUGAUGAAGUUAACAACAAUAAUACCAACAAUAAUAAUAAUGAUAAUGUGCAGCACCCAAUUCCAAGAAGGUGCACACAUUGUCUAGCUCAGAGGACCCCACAGUGGAGGGCAGGACCAUUGGGUCCAAAGACACUAUGCAAUGCAUGUGGGGUGAGGUACAAGUCUGGAAGGUUGUUGCCAGAGUAUAGGCCAGCCAAGAGCCCUACUUUUGUAAGCUAUUUGCAUUCCAAUUCACACAAGAAAGUCAUGGAGAUGAGAAUGGGUGUUGGUGUUGCUGUUCUUUCUACAGACAAGAAGUAGUGAAAAUCAUGUGUUACUAAGGUUUUAAAUAUCGGUCGCAGUCGCAUGCGAUUUGUUGACAUCAUGGAAAAUCACAGAUAAAUGUGACUGAUGCGAUCUCGACUGCGAUCAUCAACAAUUAAAAAAUAUUGAUGUUGUGAUCCAAAUCUAAGUCGUGGGCCUUUUUUAAAACCUUGUGUGUUACUAUAUACUUUUCAUGUAUAAUCAAACUUGAAAUUAAGGAACAAAUUGUUUGGAAACAGAUAUACCAUCGAGGGGGGAGGAGAAUGUGUUACAAUGACAUCUACAUAUAUAUUAUGAGCUAUAGGAAGCACACUUUCAAAAGUACUAAUACAAGUGCAGAUUAUAGCUUGUAAUAUACAAGGAAUAAUUUUUGUUUUUUAAUUUCACCA